UUUGUCGAGUUGCCGCCGGCUCAGACCGGGAGGAGCUCCGGGAGCGGCGGCGGUUCGGUCGGGGUCUGCCGGUUGCGGGUGCCCUUCGGGGAGACACGCACUCCCCCGCCCACCCUASAGCCCCCCGCCCUUGGUGCCGGUGAUGACCCUGAACACGCAGCCGGGGAGCCCGCUGCGGCGGAGGGCCAGCACCCCGCUCCCGCGGCCGGGGGGCACUGGGGCCACCUCACGGGGAGAGCCCUUUCACCCCCAGCUCGGCCACACCGCCUCCGAGCCGGGUGGCAGGGCUCCCCGCGGCAGCUUGUCCCCCGACUCCUCUGGCUCGCCAAGGCUYAGGAAGCCCCGGUACCGAGUGGUGCUACUGGGAGACCCCGGCGUGGGGAAGACCAGCCUGGUCAACCUCUUCGCCGGCGUCCAGGAGCGGGACCCGCUGGACCAGCACGGAGGGGCCGCAUACGAGCGCAGGCUGACCGUGGAUGGCGAGGAGACCACGCUGCUGGUGCUGGACACCUGGGAGCCAGAGCAGCGGGAUGAGGAGAGCCAGCGCCGCAGCCACUGCCUGCAGGUGGGGAACGCCUACAUCAUCGUCUACUCCAUCACCGACCGGGACAGCUUCGAGAGCGCCUCGGAGCUGCGCAUCCAACUGCGCCGCGCUCGCCAGGCCGAGGACAUCCCCAUCAUCCUGGUGGGGAACAAAACCGACCUGGUGCGGUGCCGCGAGGUCUCCGARGAAGAGGGCCAGGCCUGUGCUGCUGUCUUUGACUGCAAAUUCAUCGAGACRUCAGCAGCUCUGCAGCACAACGUGGACGAGCUCUUCGAGGGGGUGGUGCGGCAGAUCCGCCUGCGCCAAGGGGGCAAGAAGUCCCACCUGCACCCCACACCCAGCCAGAAGCACAAGGAGAGCCUCACCAGCAGAGCCCGGCACUUCCUCGACAGGCUAGUGRCCAGGAACAGCAGCAAAGUGGCCCUCAAAGUCCGCUCCAAGUCCUGCCAUGACCUGUCUGUGCUCUGAGAGCCACAGUCCCAUCCCUCCACGCAGGCCAGCUGGGACUCUCCUCUGUGCCAGCAGCAUGGCCGGUGGCUGAGCCCAGACAGGGCUGGAGUGAUGCUGAGGAUGUGGAGCUGUUUUCACCGGUGCUGAGGGAUGCCAAGGUGGAUCCAGCAAU